AUGACACAUAAAUUAGUAAACUCAAUUAAAUCAAAAACAGUUAAAAAACGUCGAAAUCUGAAAAAACCCAAUAAUAUCAAGCCAAAUACUGAACAAGAUAUUCAACAACAGCGCUGUUCUGAAAUAGAAUUAACUCAGACUUCUAUUCAAUUGCAACAUGAUGAUAAACAGACAAUUCCUAUUGGAACCGAAAACUCUGAAUAUUCAGCGAGUUAUCAUCCAUGGAAAUGGGAAUAUCAUACAAUAAUUACUCGAGAAAAAAGUAUCAAACCAAUGACAAAAGAUCCAUAUACACCAACAACACGAUUAGUUUCUCAUGCUGUUCAAAGUGUAUCAUCUAAAGAUGAAUGUAGUUGUAUUUUAGCACCAGCGAAAGCUGUAAAAAUUCAAACACUGAAUAUACAACGAUCAUCAAAACUAUCAUUACCAUUUAUUAUUCGCUAUGUAAGAUCUAAUGAACUUAUGCCAUCUGAACGAUCUACAUCAAAGAAAACUGCAUUAUUGCCUCAAAUACAAAUUAAAAAAUCGACUAUUUCACCUCGAAAUACUAGUAUGCCCUUGAUUGCUCCUAAAACUGAUCAAUUAUUGAAUGAAACUACACUAUUAAAUAAUAUAUCUGUCAUUGAACAACUAUCAAAAAGAUUAGUUUCGAAUAUUUUCUGGGAAUCACUUAUAUCGUUAACAAUAUGUGACUGA